UCCAAACGAUAUAAUGGAUGAAAAAACUGAGUAACAAUUCAAAAUGCCAAGGUUCCAAAUGAUGACGUGAUCAAUUCUAGGGAGCCUAUUUGAAUUGAUCAUUCCCCCCUUGUUUUAUUCAAAUCCAUCACUCAUUGCUCAAUGUUGAUGAUUGUGGCACAAAUGCUGAUAUCACCCACAGUCGUUGAUGUAGGCACCCGAAUGCUGUGACGUCAUCAAACCGGACGAAAAAAAUCAUCCAAUCGUGAACCUUAUUGUUCGGUUUUGUUUUUCCAGUGAAAAAAGGUCCACAAUUACAUAGACCAACACUUCUUGCGCUUUUACAUAUAGCGGAGAUAUAGUAUAUAGCGGUGAUUAGAUGAUAGAUAUCUUACGUCGGCAUCUGCAGCCUAUAUAGCUUCCCCGCGUUACUGGAGAUAGUAGACAACGAACUCGCUGCGAGACACUGUACCAGGUCCAAAGCUCAUCUAAUUGUUAGAACACCAUCCGACGAAACCAGGACAAUUUCCAGAAACAUUAUCCUUUCUUCCUGUUGUUUUACACCGAACUCACCAUGCGUCUGUUAGCGUUGGUACUGUGCAGCGUAUUUGCGGCUUUGGGCCUUUCUGCUGUCUGUUCUGCAGAAAACUUUCCACGUCAAACGGACCUUGGAUACUGCAAGAACCUCGGAGAUUUGAUGUGUACCUUAGAGUACGCCCCAAUAUGCGGAAGUGACGGGAACACCUAUGCUAAUGUUUGCGCCUUGUGUGCUGCGAUCGCACACGGGGACGCAUCCGAAAGUGUUACAUAUGUCCCCGGAGAGUGCGAACGAUAGAAAGUGUGACCUCAUCAAACCCGAUCGAAUCACCUCCUACUAUAGCAAAAACCGACUUAGAUUUCAAUACAACUAAACUUGAGAAAAAUGCACACUGAAUAAUAGAAGGGUUUCAUAAUAAGUACAACGAUCGAUCGAUAUCUCUAAAAACAACUUUUAUAUUGACUGG